AUGCGCAUUACGCCGCCCACACCGCUCGGUGUCCUGCGCGGCCACAGCGCUUCUGUCAACAGCGUCGGCUUUCUGUCCCCCUCUACAGUUGUCUCAGGUGCUGGAGAUGGAGCUGUGACGAUGUGGGACCUGACCUCACGCCGAGAGGUGGCAACAAACGCCACAGCGCACUCGCGCGCGGGCGUUUUGCACACGGCCGCUCUUGUCCACGCGCAGAGCUUUCUCUCGCAAGGCCGUGACGGGCUCGUCAAGCUGUGGGACGUAGAGACCUUCGGUGCUGCAGCAGAGCCCCUGACGAUGUUUUACAGCGGGUCGUACUCGUUCACGAAGGCUGCGACGCUGCGCUGGCCAAGCCACGAGGCGAGGAAGCUGAUACUGUGCCCCAGCAGCGUGGACAAUAAGCUCCUGGUGUUUGAUGUUCGAGCCAAUGACUCGUUGCCUGCUUUGACACUCACUGUGCCAGACGCUGCGGCGAAGCGAGGCAUGUGUGUUUCACUGUCGCUCUUCAGCAGCAGUGUUGACAACAAAGCUGGGGACAAUGUCCAGUCGUACGUUGGUGCAGGCUUUGAGGGCGGGCAACUGGCUAUUCUGGACCUGCGGUCGGGUGGAAAACUCGCGUGUGAGACCACUGUCACCCGGGGCGCAAACGCAUUGCUGUCAUUCGACGUCACGGACGACGGGCGGUUGCUCAUCUGCGGAUCGUCGGGCGAAGAGCUGUAUCAGGCAGAUUUUGACGUGGCCUCGUACACGCUCCGUUCGCGACCGUUCUUUUCUUGCACACAUGGUGGCUUCAGCAGCGUGUGCAUUCGAGGAGACCAGCGCAUCGUGGCCACUGCUGGUUGGGACCAUCGCGUGCGUGUGUUUCAUCUACGGAAACUCAAGCCCCUCGCAGUACUCAGAUACCACAGUGAGAGUGUGUUUGCGCUGGACUUCAGCGCCGAUAAUGCACUGCUCGCUUCUUGCUCCAAGGAUCGCCGGAUAGCCCUCUGGUCCAUCUACCCUCCCUCUGCAGAUGCCGCUGCCAAUAUCCUGCGGCCAUAUUGA